GAAAGAGGGGGUUCACUGGGUCUCCAGGAGGUAAAGGCAGAUCUGGGCCUGCUGGUGCCCCUGGAGAGAAAGGUGGUAAAGGAAUAGAAGGGCCAAAGGGAUUGCAUGGCAGCCCAGGAAAGAGGGGAGGCAGGGGAGUUAGAGGCAAACCAGUGAGUUUAAUCAGUUCUUUCUUUCAAUGCUUGCUCUACACUCUACCAAACCCUCUCGCCACAAUCGGGGUUGGGUAGGUUACUUUCUAAAUGUAAUCUCUUAAAGUUACUAGCUACCUGUCAAAUUGUAAUCAGUAAUGGAGUUUGGAUGACCCAAACUCAGUAAUGCACUCUGAUUACUUUCAGUUCCUUUUGGAUUACUUUCCCCUUUAAGGAAUUAGAAGAAGACAAAAGGGAUCCAUCAAACGCAUUUGGUGUGUCAUCAUAGCAGUCUCUGACUUAUUUUCAGACUUGCUCAGGUGGAACAAACUUAAACUUGCCUCUUUUUCAGUGCUGAGUUGAAUGUCCUUGAGGAAACAGAAAGGUGUCAUAAUGUUUUUUUUUUUACAAACAUCCUUUGUGAAUUUAACAUGUAAUCCAAGAAGUUUUUAAUUUGAUUACAUUAUUUUAGCUGGUAAUGUAAAUGAUUACAUCUACAGUUUUUUGCAAUCAGAUUACAUGUAAUCUGUUACUCCCCAACCGUGCCCACAAUGAUUUCCCCCACAAUGUAUUGAAGCGAAGAGUCAAUAGUACAAUUUUAACUUUUCUUCUGUGCCACAUUUUCCUCCUCUUGCUUAUAGGGAGAAGAAGGCCCAUUGGGACCGGAUGGACCAGUUGGAAGAUCUGGAAAGCCAGCAAGUAUCCCUAUAGGGCACGAUCCUAUCACAGAAAAUACAAUAUAAUGUGUUGAUGUUGUUGAUCCUAUUGAGGUGUUUGUUACAUUGUCUUUUCUAUCUCAGGGACUUGCUGGUUUGGAUGGAUUGCUGGGGGUCGAAGGAAAUGAAGGAGAUAAUGGUGAUAUUGGUUACAGAGGAACCCCUGGGAGGCCUGGUCUACCAGGGAAGAUGGGUCAAAGUGGACAACCUGGAUUGAGUGGUGGUCACGGAGCACCAGGGUCAAAGGGUAAUCUUGGAUCAAAAGGAAAACGAGGACCUGCAGGGCCAAUGGGGCCAAGGGGUAUGCCAGGGUUUGGAGGAGCAAAGGGGAAGUUUGGCCAGCAUGGAUCAAAGGGUCAGGCAGGCGGCAGAGGCCUGCAGGGACAUAUUGGACCACGAGGAAUCAAAGGGAAUCCAGGACUGCCGGGGAAUAAAGGGCAGCUAGGCCCAAAAGGCAUACAGGGAGACAUUGGUCCUCGUGGUCCACCUGGGAAAAAGGGCUUCCCUGGUCUACCUGGUCUCUUUGGAAAUAGGGGAAUGAAGGGGAUACAAGGAAUGCCUGGAGUUAAGGGACUGAAAGGUGUGCGUGGACAACCAGGAAAACCAGGUCCUCCUGGCCGUCCAAGAAACAGGCGACCUGGAGCCCUUGGUAAAAGAAGAGGAUCCAAAAAACAAACUCGGGCCAUGAUCAGGAGAACGCUUACCUCACUGCCUGACCAGAACCCAAGCAGCUCCAUCAGCUGGCCUCAGGGCAGCAAAGACAGCCCUGCAACCACCUGCCACGAGCUGGGGCUGAUUCGUCCACACCUGCAGGAUGGACACUUCUACGUGGACCCUAACCAGGGCUGCCCGUUUGAUGCCGUGCAAGUCUUCUGUAACUUCACUGCAGGAGGGAUGACCUGUAUACCUCCUGUCCAGUCACAGAUAAUAGGAAAUUGGGAACCAGAAAAAAACAUGUCAAAAAAGUAUAUCCAGUGGUUUAGCCAGCUUGAUGGUGGCUAUAAGUCGGAGUAUGCUGGUCUUGAUGUGGUCCAGCUCCGAUUUCUACGGUUACACAGCCACUCUGCCUCUCAGCACCUGACCAUCGCCUGCCCGUUUAACCACAAUAGUAGAGAAAUCAGGAAAAAUGCAACAAGCAGGGUUCUUCACUUUCUGGGUGACUCUGGUGGGGAGAUUGGUUCAAGCUAUAUGACAGUAUCGAAGAAUGGUUGUGAAGUGGAGGUGGAGGUACGAGUGAGGGGAAGCACAGAGAUCCACAGAGGGGACAUGGAGCUGCUGCCCCUCAGGGAUGUUCGUAUGGAGGGAAGGGGAGACCACUGGGACACAGACCUCAGAGCUGUCCUGGGACCUUUGUGCUUUUUGUAGCCUCAGCUUAUCCAUAGAGAAGCAGCACGCUCUGACCAGUGUAUGGGUCAAGAACAUUUGGGUGCAAUUCCUCUUCAGGACAAAAGAAAGAGAUAUCAUCAUGUUGUGUGAUCGCUGUAGCAUUUGUGUAAUUGUGAUAAAAACUAGAGCUAUAUAAUAAAAUGUAGUUUUAGAGUUAUUUGUUAAUCUUAUCAUGUGUCUUUUAUAAAGAAAAAUAUAAAGCUGUUGUGUUUAUCUCCCGCAUUUCUAUUUUUUUUAAUGAUUGAUUUUUCUUAGUGAUGUACUGUGUAUAUAUAUGCUUCAGAUUAGAUUCAUGUGGAUGUUGUAUUUAAUUGUUAAGCUUUUGUAAGUAUGUCUUUGCUAUUAUUUGACGUCUUGUUUUUUAUUCCUGUCGACUAAUACCUGAAGUCUUGAUGAACACCAAUAUCUGGAUGGUCUAAACUUCAAAUUGUUAUAAAUUGAAAUGUUACUUCAGUUUACUUUACAAUAACUUGAGCACACAUUUUAUGGUUUAUACCUCAAAUGCAGUAGACAGUAGUACACCCUGUUGUCACAAAUGGAAUUAACCGAAAUAUGUGCAAUGAAUUAUAUAAAUGGUUUCCGUAAGAUGAUGGAAAACUGUUGUAGUAGGCUGCUGUAUUUAUUACAGAACAUAAUUUGCAGGACAAUACACCCAUGCUGGGUAAAACUGUUGUUCAUACAGACAGUGUGCAGUAGGUUACACAUUCAUACAUUGAGGACUUAUGUGUAGGAAUGUGUUCUCUCUUGUGGUGUCACUUCCCCAUUACUCAUCCUCUCCUACCAUGCUUUUAGACCAGGGGUACUCAACUACUAUUUGAGAAGGUCCGGUCACACACAUUUCCUAGGCUGCAGUUUUUAAACUAAUUUCCUGCAAUUCUACACAUUAUGCCUCCUGUGUUCAUAUGAUACCUGAGUGAGUCAACAAAAUCAAUGUGGUCCCCCUGGGGGUCAAGGACCCCAUGGGCACAAUCUGGCCAUGAUAACUACAAGGUUUAAAUAGCUGAUUAGCCUAAUUUACCUAACAUGGGCUAGUAGUUGAUCAACUGGACAUUUCUGACAGGUUAUAUACUGUAGUUUACAAAGACUGUUGUUUAACAUUCUGUUAUCAAUGUUCUCUCUCACAAUUCUCCAUGGUCAACAUAACUUUGGUGACAUUUUGCCUAAAGCUAUGGAAGACAGUAUCAGUGUGUCUUCUGACUGAGGUUUCUUACAUGGACAGCUUGGCACGGAAAAUAAAAUGUAAUUUCCCAAAUUGCUCGAAAGCCAUGUAGACAGAUUUAAUUCACCAUGCUAUAGCACAUGUUUACCAUUAUACCAGCGUGGUCUCAUAGAUUAAACGUAAUAUAGUAAACGUAAAUCCAGGAAACUGACAUCAGUAUUAUAUGUUACAUUUGGUAUGGUUACAUAAGACAGAAGCUUACGUAAGGCAAAAAUGAUAUAUAACGCAAACGUUUAGCAUCCCAAAGGUUGCAUGUUCGAAUCUCGUCAUGGACAACUUUAGCAUUUUAGUAUGGUGGGGAUGACAGUGCCCUGCGCUGCCGCAGCACUUUACCUAAAAUGCCCACCAUUUCAAACCUGGAUGGUAUGGGUGGAGAGGGCAGCAAUGGAGAGAUCCACAGUAAUGGUGCGAGAAUAGAGCUUGAUUAACAGGUGUCAGAGCUAAAUGCAACACAGGUGGUUGAACAGUUGGAAAGUGUUUAUGCUUAUGAGUAAGAAUGAUCUAUGUGGGGUGACAUUAUCAGGAUAUAGAUGGUGCAAUUCUUAGGUCAUGGGUUGAGCUUUCAAAGGUCAUUGUUUUAUUUCCACAUAGUCAAUGGUCAAACCUGUUUGAAUUCUGAAUGCAUUUUUCAAUGAAUGUAUACCUAACUAUCAAUGGGCAUAAAAACAGUGGA